UUUUCUUUAGGCAUUUGAGAAUUGUCGGGGAUCGGGUCAAUAGGGAAACCUAAAGGUUUCUACUGACUUUAAUAGGGACACCCGGUAAUUUCUGAUUUCAGACAACAACACAACAGGAUACAUCAACAUGGUGGUUGUAGCAGCUGGGGCUGGAGGAGCCCACAAAGUCCUUCUCAUAUCAGGGAAGCAAUCCGGCUCACAGACGGCCCUCAGCCGGCCCAUCUCUGUCGUUUUACCGUCAACGGCCAGCCAAGUGUCGUCGGAUUCAGACUCCAACUCUUCUGCAGGGCCGCCGGUGCGAAAAAGACAGAGACUCACACAUUUGAGUCCUGAAGAGAAAGCGCUUCGCAGGAAACUCAAGAACAGAGUGGCAGCUCAGACAGCCAGAGACAGAAAAAAAGCAAAAAUGGGGGAGCUGGAGCAACAAGUCCUAGAGUUGGAGCUGGAGAAUCAGAAACUUCACAUUGAAAACAGGCUACUUCGGGAAAAAACAAAUGGCCUGCUCACAGAAAAUGAGGAACUGAGACAAAGACUUGGAUUGGACACUCUUGACUCAAAAGAGAAGGUUCAGGUUAUGUUGUCCACCGGGAACGAUGCAGAUUUGGGAAUCGGGUCUUCUGAGCGCAGCACUCAGGCUACGUGUGCCUCCGCAGCAGGUGCAGGCCCAGCAGUCCCUAAAUCUGAAGACUUCCCAAUGGAUACAGAUAGUCCUGACUCUUCAGACAAUGAGUCUGAUUUGCUACUGGGCAUUCUGGACAUCCUUGACCCAGAGUUAUUUCUCAAGUCUUGUGAACCAGACUGCCAGGAGCCGCAGGUCCUGUUGCUCGGAGGGAGUGAGCCAGUACCUGCCACCCCAUCUCCAACUAUGGGGCCCACAUCAGUUAAGCUGGAGACCCUUAAUGAACUGAUUCAUUUUGACCACAUCUAUACAAAGCCCGUGGAGGAGGUGAGCAGUGGGCAGCACACCGACUUGGAGAGCGACACAAGUGAGAAGAAUGACGAGGUGGCCUUUCCUGUUACGGAGGUUGUGGUGGAGGAGGAGACCAUCUGCGUCAAAGAUGAACCACAGGAAGUGGUCAUCCCUGCAUGUAAUAGUCAGAGUCAGGCAGUUGAGCUUUUCUCUGGACCUUCCUCUCCUGCCCUCAACAGCCUGGAGAAAGAAGCCUGCCUGGCGGACACCUACAGCGACUCCGGAUAUGAAGGUUCCCCUUCCCCUUUCAGCGACAUGUCGUCCCCCCUGUGUGCAGAGAGCGCCUGGGAUGACAUGUUUGCUAAUGAACUAUUCCCCCAGCUUAUCAGUGUCUGAAUCAACCCCUCUACCCAAUAAUACAGAUGUAUUUCCAUAAUGUAUAUACACAUGUAAGAGUUAAUGUGUAGCCUAAUAAAUUACAGAAGCGCCCUAUUUCUCAUUAACAGAACAUCUGAACAGGCUAAUAUUCAGUCUCCUUUUAUUACAGCCGGUCUGUACCACCGUUUAUGCAGAAUUGAUUUGUGAUAGAUGGAGUUCUAAGUAGUUUAUAUUAGCAUGACCUAAUUUUGCAGAUGAUUUAAUAGUUCAUAAAAUCGUUCACCGGUAGGUGAAUCCAUUAUUUCUGUAAAAAAAAAAGUAAAAUUUUUAAGGGGGAAAUGGAACCGAUCAUUUAAAUAUAAAUUAUUUAUCUGUUCUGCUUUGGAGUCGUAUGUAUGCUUGUUUAAAAAAACGUCUUCUUCUUAUUUUUGACUGCUCUCCUUGUAGUGUAAUUGCCGCAUUAAAAAACUUUUUGCAUCGCA